AUAAACACACACACCAAAUCCCUUUUUCCCUCCCACCAAAAUCCCAAAUACAAGAAUUUGCAAAACCAAACCAAAUUUAUUUAAAUUAAACUAAAGAUGGGAAACGCAAUAGGAAUAAGGAGUAAGAAGGCGAAGGUUAUGAAGAUAGAUGGCGAGACUUUCAAGUUAAAAACACCGGCAGUAGCAAACGACGUCGUAAAGGACUACCCAGGUCACGUUCUUCUCGAUUCCCAAGCCGUUAAGCACUUCGGCCUACGGGCCAAGCCUCUUGACCCCGACCAGUCGUUAAAGCCCAACAAGAUCUACUUCUUGGUUGAAUUACCCAAGGUUAAGCCCGAAGUAGAGUCCGACGGGCUUCCUAGAAGGGUACGCUCGAGUGGCGUGCGUGGCAUCAACGCCAAAGAAAGGCUUGAGCUUCUUGCGCUCUCCAAACGCUCCGCUUCAGAUCUCACGCUCGUCAGACCUGAAGCGGGCCUCAAUGGUGGGCCCACUAGGGUCCGGAUGCGGUUGCCUAAGGCCCAACUUGAGAAGUUGAUUGAGGAGAGUAACAACGACGGUGCUGAGGUGGCAGAAAAGAUCAUGAAUAUGUAUAUGGCCGGUGCCGGUGCCGGUGCCGCCGCAGAGGACGGUGGUGUGAAGGUGGCACAACAUCAACAUAAUAAUAAUAACAAGCCACGCGGGAAACGAGUGAGUUUUAGUCCAAUCCAAAAUGAAGAAAUUAUUAAUGCAGAGGAAACUACUUUACAAUAGUAUUUCUAGCUUGAGUAGCAAUAUUUUUUCUUUCUCUUGUAGUUAAAAUAUAUACAUGGCAAUGCUUAUGAAAAAGCAUGUUAAUUUUGUUCUAGGAUCUGUAGUGACUUGGAUCACUAUGUGAGAGCAUUUAUAUGGAUAAAUUUAAAACAAAAAAAAGGGGGUAUGUAUAUAGUGGUUUAGAAGGUUAAUCUCUUGUUCGAAUUUGUACCUCAAUGUUACUGGUAAUUUGGUAGCAAUACAUUUGAUUUUCUAGUUA